AUGAGCCUCGCGAACCUCACCAUUUCACACCUCAAUUUCACUUCCAAUUGCUCAAACGUUGCUCUCGGUCUCGCUGUAUGGAUAAAUGAUUUCAACGAUUUUGCUGCUUCUCCCGGCAACCAAACCGCAACGAACGAUCUGCCAGGCGGAUCCGAUAACCCCACUGUUGCGCAAGAACUUGAACCCGACGACGAUACGUCAGGUGAUGUUGAUCAGUCGGUAGAUCCUGUCGACAACGGCCCUACCGAUGAAUACACCGAUUUCUGGACAAACGGUACCUCACCAGAAUGGCUGGGCUUCUGGCGUGCAGCUCUGGCCUCCGCCUUGCCCACCAUCUAUAUGAGCCUCACAGACGCUGAGAUUGCUCAAUGGUCGAAUACGACUGACGCGUUUGAAUUCUUUGACCAAGAGAAUGCAAACGAUUAUUGGGCUGACCCGACGGACAAAUUAUCUAUGUCCAAUUACUUGGCUUAUUCAGGAGGUUGUGGCUCCAAUGGGACACUCUCCAAGGUCCAAGCCAUCACAGACAUGCAACCGGCUUGCAUGGUUCAAUACUGCUGCUCUGGUUUGAAUAGUGAAGAGUCCCAGAAACCCUAUCCAUUCUACCCAAAUUUUACCGUCGUCGAUGCUUGCGCCUUUGACAUUUGCCGGCGUGCCAAUCAAGGCAACCCGGAUCUCGGAGGCAUUGGAGUGAUUGCUGCAUACUUCAUAGAAGCAAGUCUGAUGGCACUGUCCGUAGUUACCUUCGGCGUCGCUUUAGUGACAGACUUCAUCUACAAAAAAAGACCUAAGCCAAAGUGGCUCAGCCAACAUGAUUCCGCUGCACUUAAGAGUGCUGGCGUAUUCCUCGAUAAUGCAGUGUUCUUUUCUUUCGCAGUCUCGUUCGCUGGCAUUAUCUUCAAUUACCGAGAUGCUCACUUACUGUACGAAGACAAGCUUGGGCAAACCGCAACGCUGCUUGCAAUUGAUGCUCCAGUCGCUGUACUGCUCUUGACAUAUGCGCAUCUGGAUCGAGGCGCUUUGAGGGGCUUCUUGGUGGCUUUUGCGGUUCUCCUGGUUUUCAUAAUACAAUUUCUCUUCAGGAAGGCAAAGAGCUUCAAUCCCGGUACCUCACUCUGCCUAGACUGGAAUGACCAUGUGCAAAAUGUCUUCCGUCAGCGCUUCAUUGCAAAGGCGGUCUGGGCCUGUCUAGUAUUAGCUUUCUUCGUCAGCUACCUAGUACCCUGGCGGUCUUUUCGCAAGGCUCCAGGAGACAAGCGCAAAGUCCAGGUCGAUAUCGCCUGGUGGCAGCGGGCUAAGAGCUCUGUCGCAUAUAAGACGGUUUCCGACUUCUCCCAAACAGCCUGGACCAACAUACCCUGGCGCCGAGUGAUUGCCUUACUUCUUGCAGCCUACGCUAUGUUUGACUCCUACAUCGACAUACGCUUCCUUUGGUACCUUCGACAAAGUGAGCAAGAUAUCUCCUCGGCGGACAAUGAAGAUCAGUGGGGUUAUGGCCAGAUCCUCGCGUUAUUUGUGUGGGUGCCCAUCUUCGUUGAAUAUUUCUACGUGUUCGGGCUCGAACGUAAUCUCUGGGGUAAAAAUAAAGCCGAUCUGAAAAAGAAAACGGUCCAGAGAAGGAGCUAUGAGUUGAUCGAGCGUGCGAACGAGCAGAAAGUAGAUGCGGGCGACCGUCCCCCGUUGAACAAGCGCGAUAUCGCACAUGGUGAUUGA